CUGUGGAGCUCACUUUGCCGCAGGGAGGCACUGAACAGAGAAACUGCCUUGUAACAGGUCCCGCCCCUCCCUUUACUCCCUCUGUUGUCUUCGGAGGGGAAGAUCACGGAACUGCUGCUAUCCCUGCUAUCCCACCUGGUCACCAUACGCCUACUAUCUUUACUCCUACAAAUACCGGAUGAGCCUCCGGGAGAAAAUGCUGCCUUGGUGUUAUCCUUAUAAAAGUUACACUUACAAGGAACACGAGGAUUUGACCCUCAGGCCCCGCUGCUGCCUCCAGUGCUCCUGAGUCCCCAGUAGGCCUCCAGGUGGGCAGAAGUGCUGAGCAGGGAAAAGACCACGACCAGCUUAAAGAACUGUACUCGGCUGGGAACCUGACAGUGCUUACUACUGACCCCCUGCUCCACCAGAAUCCAGUACAAUUAGACUUCCACUUCCGCCUCACCCCCAAGACCUCCACCCACUGGCACGGCCUUCUUAGUGACCACCGGCUCUUCCUGGAUAUCCCAUUUCGGGCCUUGGAUCAGGGCAACCGGGAAAGUUUGACAGCAACACUGGAGUAUGUGGAGGAGAAAACCAAUGUGGACUCCGUGUUUGUGAACUUCCAAAAUGAUCGGAAGGACAGAGGUGCUCUGCUGCGGGCCUUCAGCUACAUGGGCUUUGAAGUGGUCAGACCAGAUCAUCCUGCCCUCCCUCCCUGGGGCAAUGUCAUCUUUAUGGUGUACCCCCUUGAAAGGGACCUUGGCCAUGUGCCCAGUGAGCCUCCCUAAACAUGCUUUUCCAACUCUGAGGGGCUGGAAGCCUUAACCAUGGGACUUGAGCCCAGGUGAUUCAGGGCACCUCCCCUGGGCACCUCCAUUCUAGGAAUAAAGGGUAGUGCAAUCA